CUCCUUGUUGCUCACAGAGCUCCAGUCCAGAACUAGUUUCUGAGCUCCUGGGGCACAGAGAUCAACCUGAACAAAAUGUCUGACACGGAGGAAGUAACUGGCGGAGAAGCUGAGGAAGGAGAAGAUGAAACCAAAGUCAAGCCCAAGUUCAUGACAAAUAUUUCAGUCCCAAAGCUCCCCGAUGGUGAAAAGGUGGACUUUGAUGACAUCUACAGGAAGCGUCAGGAGAAGGACCUGUCUGAGCUGCAGUCUCUGAUCGAAGCUCACUUCGUCCAAAGGCAGAAGGAUGAAGAGGAGCUCAUCACUCUGGUUAACAGAAUUGAGAAGCGUCGAGCUGAGAGAGACGAGCAGCAGAGAGUCCGAGCAGACAGAGAGAAGGAGAGACAGACCAGACUGGCAGAGGAGAAGGAGCGGAAGGAGCAGGAGGAGCAGCGGAAGAAGCAGGAUGAAGACGCCAAGAAGAAGAAGGUCCUCACGAACAUGAGCCAGCAGUACACGGCCGGACAGCGGACUGACAACAGGAGAGGCAAGAAGCAAACUGAGAGGGAGAAGAAGAAGAAGGCUCUGGCUGAGCGCAAGAAGCCUCUCAACGUGGAUCAUCUGAGCGAGGACAAACUCAAGGAGAAGGCCAAGGAACUGUGGGACUUGCUGAAGGGGCUGGAAGGUGAAAAGUACGACCUCGGAGAGAAACUCAGACGACAGAAAUAUGAUAUUAACCAGCUGAUCAAUCGAGUUCAGGACCACCAGACGGCUAAAGGUCGUGGUAAGGGCAAGAUGAGCGGCCGGCUGAGGUAAAGCUGCUGGGAGACGAGGCCGAGCGUCGCACCAGGAACUGACCGCAGUGUCCACAGCCAACGUUCUCAUCGUCUUCUCAACGCGCACGAGAUUCAAACAAUAAAUAAGCUGCUUGAUCCACUCG